AUGUAUCCAAACACCGUUCUGGACAAGAAUGAUCAAGGUUCACCUGUUGAUCCAACAUCGUACAGAGGAAUGAUAGGAUCUCUCCUGUACCUAACGUCUAGCAGACCAGACAUCAUGUAUAUUGUCUGCUUGUGUGCAAGGUUUCAGGUAAACCCCCAACAAUCACACCUCAGUGUUGUUAAACGAAUUUUUAGAUAUUUAAUAGGUAUUGCUAAUCUUGGUCUUUUGUAUGAGAAAGUUAGUGAUUUCAGGUUAAAAGGAUUUUGCGAUGCUGAUUAUGUUGGAGACAGAAUUGAACGAAAGAGCACCAGUGGAGGAUGUCACUUCCUAGGAAACUGUCUAGUUUCUUGGACAAGUAGAAGACAAAGCACUAUAUCACUAUCCAUUGCUGAAGCUGAACACGUUGCAGCUAGCUCUUGUUGCAUCAACUUGAAGACUACAAUAUCCAUGAAGGCAGUAUACCUCUAUUAUGUGACAACACCAGCGCCAUCAACAUAG